AUGAAGGCAUACUGGUUUGACAACCUCCCGGGCGACCAACGCGAACCCCACAACUCAGGCCGCCCCGUCUCACCCGCGUAUCUCGAAAAGCUAGGCGUCAUCUACCAGCACGUCCCCGACGUUUCGGGCGUCGACUCCAUCGCCGCGUCACGUCAGUACAAGAACCGGGAUGAAGUCACCAUCAGCCCGGACAGCCUGGGCGCUGUCUACGAGGAAAAAGUCAAGACGUUUUUCAGCGAGCACCUGCAUGAAGACGAGGAGAUUCGCUAUAUCCUCGAUGGCGCGGGCUACUUUGAUGUCCGUGGUGAGCACGACGAUUGGGUCCGGAUUUGGCUCGAAAAGGGCGAUUUGAUUAUUCUCCCCAGUGGUAUUUAUCAUCGGUUUACGACGGAUGAGAGGAAUUAUACAAAGGCUAUGCGCCUUUUCAAGGACGAGCCCAAAUGGACACCGCUAAACAGGAGCGCUGAGACGGAUGAGAACCAGUACCGCAAGGAGUACUUGAAGGUUAGGGAGGGUCUUGCGGCUUGAGUUUGUGUCUUUGUAGGAGCAAUAGGGAAACAAGGCUACUAUCUAGAUUGCCUUGGACGCAAUUCGGACUUAUCUCUUGUACUAUUCAUGCAUCUGGAAUCCAGCUGAGAUGGUACAAUCAAUCCUAUAACAUGUUAGGCGGC